UUUGCCUCAGGCGAAGCACUGCACAGACCGUGGUGAACUUUUUGUUUGUGGCUUGUGAUGCUGAAGUCACUUUACUUGGAGGCAGAUUGUCACACCGAAGUCGCCCUCUCCAUCCUGUUAUUGUAGUCGCAUGCACAAGAAGCAGGUUGAUUGGGAAGAAAGCUAAGAGUACUGGUGGAUGUCUUGCGGGUUUGGAUGAGCCAUCUUCAGCAGUACUGACAGAGGUGUGAGGCAGUGAGGCUCUCACCCCCACCCUGGGAGCCAUGCCGCCGCCGGCAGAUAUUGUCAAGGUGGCCAUUGAGUGGCCGGGGGCAUUCCCCAAGCUCAUGGAGAUAGACCAGAAAAAGCCUCUCUCAGCCAUCAUUAAAGAAGUAUGCGAGGGGUGGUCCCUGGGGAGCCCUGAAAACUUUGCUCUGCAGAUUGCUGACGCGACAAAUUUCUACAUCACAGAAAAGAAUCGCAGCGACAUUAAGAACGGCUCGAUCCUUCGUUUGACCACUUCUCCUUACCAGACGGCAGUGCAGCUUCAUGAACGGAUCCAGUCAUCAAGCAUGGACGCCAAGCUGGAGGCUCUUAAGGACCUGGCUAACGCGUCCCGGGAUAUCACCUUUGCCCAGGAGUUCAUCAACCUCGACGGUAUCUCGCUGCUCACUCAGAUGGUGGAAAGUGGGACUGAGCGCUAUCAGAAACUGCAAAAGAUUAUGAAGCCAUGUUUUGGAGACUUGCUGUCCUUCACUUUGACGGCCUUUGUGGAGCUGAUGGACCACAGCAUCGUCUCCUGGGACACUUUCUCUGUGGCAUUCAUCAAGAAGAUUGCCAGCUUCGUGAACAAGACGGCCAUGGACACGGCAGUGCUGCAGCGCUCCCUGGCGAUCCUGGAGUCCAUGGUGCUCAACAGUCAGGAUCUUUACCACAAGGUGGCACAAGAGAUCACCAUUGGACAGCUUAUCCCGCAUCUUCAGGGGACUGAUCAAGACAUUCAGACCUACACUAUAGCUGUCAUCAAUGCUUUAUUCCUCAAAGCUCCUGAGGAGAAGAGACAGUAUGAUGAGCACAUUGUGGACAUCCUAAAUUGUCCCCUGACAGAGAUGGCCCAUAUUCUUGCCCAGAAACAGCUGCGCUCCAUCAUUCUCAGUAAUGUGAUCCGGAGCAACACGCCCAUUAAUGAUGAGAUGGCACAUCAGCUGUACGUGCUGCAGGUUCUCAACUUCAACCUGCUCGAGGACCGCAUGAUGACCAAGAUGGAUCCUCAGGACCAGGCUCAGAGAGACAUCAUCUUUGAGCUUCGGAGAAUCGCCUUCGACGUAGAGUUGGAGCCCAACAACAGCGGCAGCAUUGAGAAACGCAAGUCGAUGUACACCCGCGACUACAAAAAGCUUGGCUUUAUUAACCAUGUGAAUCCAGCUGUGGAUUUCACCCAGAUUCCUCCAGGCAUGCUGGCUCUGGAUAACAUGCUGUACUUUGCCAGGCACCACCAGGACGCUUACAUCAGGAUUGUCUUGGAGAACAGCAGUCGAGAAGACAAACACGAGUGUCCGUUCGGCCGCAGCAGCAUCGAGCUGACCAAGAUGCUGUGCGAGAUACUGAAAGUGGGCGAGCUCCCCAGUGAAAACUGCCAUGACUUCCACCCCAUGUUCUUCACCCACGAUCGCGCUUUUGAAGAAUUCUUCUGUAUCUGCAUCCAGCUGCUCAACAAGACCUGGAAGGAGAUGAGAGCCACAAGUGAAGAUUUCAACAAGGUAAUGCAGGUGGUGAGGGAGCAGAUCAUGCGAGCACUCACUGCCAAGCCUAAUUCCCUGGACCAGUUCAAGAGCCGCCUGCAGAACCUGAGCUACACAGAGAUCCUGAAGAUACGUCAGUCAGAAAGGAUGAAUCAGGAAGACUUCCAGUCCCGCCCCAUCCUGGAGCUGAGAGAAAAGAUCCAGCCGGAGAUCAUGGAACUGAUCAAGCAGCAGAGGCUCAACAGGCUGUGUGAGGGCACUUGCUUCAGGAAAAUCAGCAGUCGCAGGAGGCAAGAUAAGUUUUGGUACUGCCGUCUGUCUCCGAAUCAUAAAGUCCUGCACUACGGAGAUCUGGAAGAGAGCCCUCAGGGCGAGGUGCCCCAUGACUCUUUACAGGACAAACUGCCUGUGGCUGAUAUCAAAGCUGUUAUCACUGGCAAAGACUGUCCUCACAUGAAGGAAAAGGGAGCCCUGAAGCAAAACAAGGAGGUGUUAGAGCUGGCCUUCUCUGUCCUCUACGAGUCGGACGAAUACUUAAAUUUUAUCGCUCCUGACAAGCAUGAGUAUUGUGUGUGGACAGAUGGUCUGAAUGCCCUCCUGGGUAAGGAGAUGACCAGCGAAUACACCAAAUCUGACAUGGACACCCUGCUCUCUAUGGAGAUGAAGCUUCGCCUCUUGGAUCUAGAGAACAUCCAGAUUCCAGAGGCCCCGCCCCCGAUUCCCAAAGAGCCUAGCAACUAUGACUUCGUUUACGACUGUAACUAGGUGUACGACCCCACAAGCCCGAACCCGAAACAAACCCCAAACCCACUGUAUUCACUGGACCGGUCCCCUUUUCUUAUAAACUGGAACAAGAAUAAAUAAAAAAAAACAUAUAAUAUAAAAAAAUGAACUGUGAUUGAAAGAAAAAAAAGGAUUUCUUGAACUAUUUUCCUCUUGCUUCUUGCUAGAUGUUUAUAAGGGAGAAAAUGGUGCGUAUUAACGAUAACUGUUUGCACUUGAGGGACUUGGGGGUCGAUGCAGAGUCAUCACGUUGCCAUGGAGAAGAGAAACCAGGAAGUGUUUGUUUGGCCUGUCGUUGGUCGUCCCACGUCUCCUCCUCCUCCUCCUCCUUCUUCACUCUCCUCCAGUGUCUGGUGUUUGAAGACAUUCACCCUUUUCUUCUUCUUGGCUGCGGCGCUUACUGUCAUUUUGCUUCAAGAAUAUUGUGGACAAAAAAAGCUUAGAAAUUCCAUUGGAUUGUCCUUCCUUUAUGUUCAUGUUAUUAUUGUUCCUCAGGGCUUUUGUCACUAGGGGGUGAAGGCUAUAGGGAUCAAGAUGGUGGUUGUGGGAUUCAAGAGCAGGGAAGGACGAUUGGGCGUCAACGGGGAGGGGGGCGUCAACUUCCCAGUAGUAUUUCCUGUCACAUUCCCACUUACAGUAGGACAAUUGUGGCAGCUAAGUGUUUCCCAAGAGGCUGAAUUACCUUUUAAGAUGAAUACUUUUUAAAAACAGAAAGAGAAAAACUAGUGUCGUCUGUCUACUCUGCCCUGCUUCACAUGUAAUAGAGACUGUUAGAAAAAGUCAAUCCUUGAAAUCCAGGCACUGUACCACAGUAAAAAGCCUCUUUUUGAAAUAUAAAUGUAAUUAUCCCACCACUGCUUAUUGCUUAUUGUACACACCUACACAGUGGCUUUGCCAUAGAACAACUGUAAAAGCGCCACCAUUGUGCAACACGCGCUCAAACACACACUUGUCUCCCGCUCGUUUGGGUCUCUCGUUGUAAAGACUGCUGUACACAACAUUCCUAAGCAAUAUUUUAGCUUUUUUUUCUUUUGUUUCGUUUAUCAUUUGUAAAAUGACUACGAUUUAGUGAUUUUGCUUUAGAAAAACGAAAAAGAACAAAAAUUGUGAACGUGCCGGGUAGUUAGUAUUGCAAAAUGUAAGUUAGUAUUUGAUCAAGGGAAGUUGACAUUUUUUGUGUAUGUUCAGGACCAUAUGGCCACAAAAUUGAGAGUUUAUGUAUUUUUUUAAUUUAAAAGCAGAUCGUGGUUGUUAUUUCUAAGUAUGAUUUAUAUAUUCCCCCCUCCCCCUUCCUAUUUAAUGCCUUCAGAUUGUUUUGUUUUUUUCUUUAGGAUUUUUUUCAAAGCCCCUCAAAACUGCUGUUUACAUUAAAGGUUUAAGAACUGUAA